GCUAUGUCAGUACAGAAAUGAGUUUGCGUGCAAUAUGGAUCGUUUUACCCAGCAAGGAUGCCGCUUUGCCAUUAUAUGUAAAAUAUUUUCCUACCGUGGAAGCUCGAAGUAAAUCUCAGUUGGGAGCUAAAUAUGUCCCGAUACCAGAUCCAGAAGACUUUGUAAAACUUCUGUUGCUACAAGUGGGGCUUGUUCAUGGAGAUUGUUUUGUCGAGUCAAGGGAUGGCUGUGACAAACCAGCUUUGUAUCCGGCAUUUCACUUGGAAAUCGAGAAAGGCACCCUGUGGCCAGUUGUUGUACUAGAGAGCCGGGGCCUCAUGUUCUGUGCCUUGCCACUUGAAGCAGUAGACAUUAAUACCUGCAAGUCUCUUGUGAACAUGUCAAGUGUUUCAACAGCUUUGGAAGUACUUCAUGGAUUAUCAUUGUGUACACCUGUAAAUGGGAUCAACCUAACCCCGGGUUCACUUGCACUAGCAGAAAUCAACAAAUAUAUUUCUGUUUCACUUCCAUUUGGACGUCCUGUGUGUUGUGAUCCAGUCAUUGCCUCUCAGCUUACAAUUCCAGCGUCAAAAAGCAAAAUAAAGCAACCUCUGUGGAAUCCGGUCCCACACAAGGGAAAAUCCCAGGUGGUCUUCCAUGUUAGAGAAGAAGUUCGCUCCAUGCAGUUUGGACAAUCAGAAGUGAAGGAUUCAACAGAAGUUUAUGGAGUAGUUACCUGCAAAGCUGAAGUGGAAGGCAUAGCACCAGAAGUAUCCAUUAUCAUGCAGCAGCCCCCAGGACAGACGCUGUCGAUAAGUUCAACGACGGGGAGUGUUGAAACUAAAGGCACGGUGACUCGCAUCCGCUUCAGGCCGUCAGACAAACAGCCGCUGUGCUGCUAUAUCGUGCACAGCAUCUGCGAGCCUCCCAUUAAAGGAGAUCUUGCUGUUAAGGUUAAUGAAAAUGUGGCAGCAGUGAACCUGAAACUGCAGCUAAGCAGUGACAUGAGAAAUGCUUUCCAACAACUUCAGGCAGUUAUACCUUUCCCUGGUUUAGCCAUCUUGAGAGUGAAACCAAACGCAUCACAGGGGAGCAUUACUAUCCGAGCAAAGAAUGAAAUUUUGUGGAAUAUAGGUUCAAAAUUUCCUUCUAAGCCUCCGGAAGUCAGUUUGGACUGCACAGUGCGGCUUCAGAAGGCAUCUGACCAGCCGUCACAGCCCGAUUUGGCUUCCAGCACUACUAUGUGUGCAAUGCUGUACUUUAGAACUUCUGACUUCACAUACAGUGGAACAAAGAUUGACCCUCAAACCAUAAUGGUGACAACAGCACCAAAAGUUCGAUGCUCCGCAUCUUCAGAAUUUUUGUCUGGAACGUUUACCAUCUGGAACUCCGAGGGGGAAAUUCCUGUUAUCACAAAUCCUCCACUAGAAGAACUGCAGUCUUGUUUGUCAGCACCCUGUGAAUAAUUUGAAAUGUUUUACCAGCCAGAAUCAGCACUAAAUAUUUUGGACAUAAGACAAUCAAGAGUUUGAAUGUGUUCCUUAAUGUUUGAAGUCUUCUGUUCUGUCUAAAACAUUGUUUAAUUUAACAGUGUGAUUGUACUUGUACAUGCAAGCACAAAUACACAAGAGAGACAUUGGUAUAAAAAAACAAUGAUAAACAAUAAAUUUAGACAAACAAAAUUGAAUUUGUUAAAACUUAUGUGCAAGACCUGAAGAACAAGAUUAUGAUUUAUGGAGAGAGUUAACCAUUCACUCAAGCUAAGCAAUAGAUAUAGUGCUGAACAACGUAACAUGGAACUUUACAUGAUGCAAUGAAAGAAAAAAAAUACACCACAAAUCUAACAUGGCUAGGAAUGUUGUAAAAAUCAGUAGGAAGUAAAGUGAAUAAAUAUCAAAGAGCACUAUUUUCAUACAUAGUACAUAAUGUCAAAGUUAGUUUGUAUAUGUCUCGGACACAAAGGACAAAAUUAUUUAUCUUUUUUUUAAAGAAAAGUGCAAGGGCUGGUGUGGUUGAGCACCAGUAGACAGUAUAACUAUAUUAACUGUUGAACCUAAUUAGAUUACGGGAAUGUAAGGUAGUAUUAAAAGGACAUCCAUUUUAUGAAGCUCAUAGUCUGGUGCAUGCGGUCCAACGGCACAGUUAGUUGUGUCGGUGUAGUAAGCCAUAGUAUGACACCCAGAUUCCAUUUGGGUUAGAAUUUUGAGAUAUUUGGGCAGGCUUCUUUACGUUCUGUAAAAUAUGGUAUAUGUAAAAGGCUUGCAUGUGUAAUAAAAAUUAUCGUUUAGGAUGCUGGCAUGCCCAGACUUUAAUUUUUGAUUCAGAGUUGAACAUAAAGAGACUGUAUUUCUAUAAUAUAAAAGGUUUUUAUUCAGUCACUUGUAUAUGUAUGUAUAAUUUUUUGUAUUUAUUUUUGUACUGAAGAAAAUAAACUGAUUUCAAAAAUGAUGUA